CCUACAAACAGGAAAUUAUGUAAGUCACCAUAGUUACGGCACUACACGGGAAAGAGAGUUCUCUUUUUCACUGAUCAUUUGCUCUAUAGAAACGUGGUCCAGGCAGAGCCAACCAAGACAACACCCAUCACUGACAUGCGGACAGAAAUAACCCACGGACACUGACCAUUUGUCAGAGCACUAAGUCUUGAUUUGAUUCCACAAGUAAACCUUAUGAUGGAAAACAGCAGCAGCAUGGAUGUUUCGACUGCCAACAACUGCACCAACUUGUACGAUCAUCGCGGGUGGGCACAUGUACUACUACCUGUGGUUUACACUUUCAUCUUCAUUGUGGGCCUAUCAGGGAAUCUUUUAGCUCUGCAUGUCAUCUGGCCCAAUAUGAAAAAAAUCAACUCCACCACUAUGUACUCUGCAAACCUUGUGGCGUCUGAUAUCCUUUUUGCAUUCGCUCUCCCCUUGCGAGUGGUCUAUUACGCAUUGGGAUUCCACUGGCCACUGGGAGAGGGCAUGUGCAAGGCCACAGCUUUGUUGUUCUACAUAAAUAUGUAUGCUGGAGUGAACUUUAUGACCUGCUUGAGUGUGGACCGCUUCAUCGCUGUGGUGCUCCCACUGCGCUUCAGUGGCUUCCGUAAAGUUCAAAAUGUGCGAUACGUCUGCAUAGGUGUGUGGAUGCUUGUGCUGGGCCAAACACUGCCACUCCUCUCCAUGCCAAUGAGCCAUGUGGAGCAUAAUGGCUACAUCACAUGCAUGGAGUACCCCAACUUUGAGCAGGUGGAAGGUUUGCCCUUUAUGCUAAUCGGGGCUGUGUUUCUUGGGUAUGGCAUUCCUCUGGUUACCAUUUUGAUCUGCUAUUCAGCUCUUUGCCUCAAACUUCGGGAGUUGGCCAGGACAAACCAGUUGACAGAGAAGUCAGGUCUCAGUCGCAAGGCUAUCGGCGUCAUCUGUUGUGUCAUCCUAGUGUUUGUGGUUUGUUACACCCCAUAUCACAUAGACCUGCUGCAGUACAUGGUCCGAAAACUGAAGUACCAGCCUGACUGUGGUGAACUGCAUGCCUUUCAGAUCUCUCUGCAUGUUACUGUCAGCUUUAUGAACCUUAACUCCUGCCUGGACCCUUUUAUCUACUUCUUUGCCUGUAAGGGCUACAAGAAGAAGGUGCUGAAGCUGCUUAAGAGGCAAGUAAGCAUGUCCUUAUCCAGUAUGGUAAGGACAUCGCCAGAUGAAUAUUCCAGAGACAUUGACAAAAUCAACAUGAGCAGCAGAGUCUAUCAGAGAGAGAGGAGCAGCAUGAUGAGUGACUGAGAGAUACACAAUUUCUGGACAGGAGCAUGAUAAUGGAUGUGGGAUCACCAUCGAACAAUUUAAGCCAAAACAUGACGUUUUGUCUCAAAAUAUAAGGCAGAUCAUAUCCAACAAAUCUGUGCUGUAAAAUGAAAUUUUUUUUUUUUAGUCUGCCAACAUUUCCACCUUGGUGGUCUGUCUUCUGGAAGAAGUGUGUUUUCUACAAUUCUGUUGAAAAACAAGUUUGAAUUAAAUUGUUAAUUGUUAAUGACAAAUUUAUACUUUAAUCCUAAAAGAAGGGGCCAAUAUUCUAACUAUUGUUAGAGUGCCACCUUCUGUCAGAUAUCUGCAAUAGAUUUGUGGGAUUCAGAAGUGAUUCAGAAGUGAAUAGCAUACAGUAUGGUAGUGGCGCAGCAAGGAGCAUGGCAUCCCACAUCUCCAGGGUCCAGAAUAAAGUGGCUUCUAAAGAUAGCUGAACAAGCUGAACAUAGAUGAACAUAGUUGAAAUAUUGGCAUGUGAAACAAAAUGAAAAUCCAGAAUUAAACAGAAGAGAAAACUUUACUUUGCUCGUACAAGAUAACUUUAUUUGCAUUUUUCGAAAAGUUAUGUUUGAAAGCUUCUAAUUUUUCCUGAAGACUGUCUAUAAAUAGAUCAAGAUAGAUAAUUAAUUCUUGAUAAAAACUAAACUGGGCAGAAUGUACAGUAUGAACCUGUGGACACAAAGUAAAUUAAGGGAAAUGCCUCAAGAGGGCAACAUAACACAUCUUAUCACAGAGCACACUCAUUGUUUACAAUGCGUUGACCAGACAGAGUCAAGUUAAUCCAACUGUUAGUAUACUUUUGUAAGCGCAUUAACUUUAAAAUACAUUUAAUGCGCAACAAGAAAUGGAUAUGACAAUAUUCAGUCAUAUGUAGAAUAUUUAGACAGUUGGAUUUUCUAUUUUAAAGUAAAAAAGAAAAAAAAGUUCAUUAUUCAGUUGUCCCUGUUGUGAUUUUCAAAUCCCAACUUUAAAAAGUAGCACCUGCUCCAGGACUGAUAGUGAGAGCAGUACAACUAUUGACAUUUACUGGAAGUGAAAGUUAAUGGCAGUUAUUGAAUCAGAAAUAUGCCUCUUAGUUCAACAGAGGUUGGGUGAGACAUCCAGACUGAACCACUUUCAAUUCUGUGUGUAUUGUGUCAGACCUUACAUGCCAGUAAAUAGAGUAAACAGGAGUAACUAUAUACAAUGCACUGUAAAUGAUCGGUAUUUGUUUUCACCUACUGGGUGGCUGCUAGCCAUAUUGGUUCCUCAAAACCAUCGGUAGUUUUGUGUGGGAAUGUUUAAUAACCAUGACUUUUUUUUAGUUAACUAAAAAUAAUUAAGGAUAUGUGUACAUUAUGUAAAUUCAUAUUAAGUAAGUAGCAAUUGUAAUUCACCUAUAUGUAUAGCACACCAACAGAAGCUCUAUGUGGCUUAUGUUAAAUAAAUAAAGUGUAAAAGUAAGAUUGUUUCAUUUUAAGGUUUAAUCUGACAUUUGUGUGGUUUAAAUUUAGUGACUAUACACGACAAGUUUUUUUCACCAUACUUAUACAGGCAAAAGUUUUUCAGUUUUACAGUUAUAGUCAAUCUGUGCCCACUGUUGUCUCAGCAUCCUGUUCUUGGCUAAAAAAAAGUGAUGUGGUUUUCUGGUUUUCUCUUUUUGUAGCUCAGCUGUCUCAAGUUUGACUGAAGAGCUUGACCCAUAUCUAAGUGAUUUUAUGCAUUAAAAGGCUGUCACAUGUUUGGCUGGUUGGAUAAUUGCAGGAAUGAACAGGUGUUAAUCAUAAAAUAGCUAGUUUGUGUAUAUGUAGAAGCUGAUAAGAGAAUUCAAACACACUAAAUCACUUAUUGUGUGUUUACAUAUGUGUAUGUCCAUUCACUGAACUUGGACAAUCAUCCUUAUGAUUUAACAUAUAGGGGUUAUAAGACAAAAACAAAAAAAAAAAAGUUAGAUCUGGUGGUCUGGUGUUCCGGGAUUUAUAGCUGAAGACUUUCGGCUGAAAUCCCCUUGUGGCAUAAAUAAACAGACUACAGGAAGUAUUGGGGGAAGUGUUUUGAGAGAACAGAAACACAAGUAGCAAACGUACAUACAUAUAGAGCUGCGGUCAGCCGUUUACAUUUCACCUGCUCUUUUUCUGGGGCAGAAUAAUUUUACAAUAUACAUCUCCAAUAGAAGAAAACCAUUUUCAUUCACUUUGUGUUGUCUGAAAUCAACACAGGGUCAAAAAUAUACAUACAGCACGCUUAGCUUAUGUCCUUUUAAGUUUGACCUUUAGCAGAUGCUUUCAAUAAGCCUCUAGCAGAAUUCAGGUUGGUUAUUUAAUCAUUCUUCUUAGCAGAACAGUUCAAUUGCAUUAGUUAAAUUCCUAGAAUGUCAACUUUUAAUCACAGUCACCAAAUUUCUAAUAGGGUUUAGGUACCAAAAGCCUAAAGUUGCUUUAUCCAUUCCACAACCAGAUUGAUGUGUGUUCAGAUACAUGUUCAGCUGUAGCAAUCAAUUUUCAGGUUUGCACCUACUUGAAAGUUUUUUAUUGUGGAACAGGUGCAUUUUGCAGUGACACUGGUGUCCUGGCAACAUCUAAUUCAUAUCAGACCUCUGCCUUCAUAAUUCCAGGGUUGUUCCUGGGUACCAAUUUCCUUUUAACAGAGGGUGACAGCUUGGAUCUUCUUCCAACUCUUAGCCUAGUGGCAAUACUUCCCAACAUUUUGUACCUUCUGUAAUGACAGUUGUGGCCAAACUUUUGAGAAUUACAUAAAUAUUGGAAAUUGGAAAAGUUGCUGCUUAAGUUUUUAUAAUAGCUAUUUGCAUAUACUCCAGAAUGUUAUGAAGAGUGAUCAGAUGAAUUAGUCAUAGUCCUUAUUUGCCAUGAAAAUUAACUUAAUCCCAAAAAAACCUUUCCACUGCAUUUCAUUGCUGUCAUUAAAGGACCUGCUGAGAUCAUUUCAGUAAUCGUCUUGUUAACUCAGGUGAGAAUGUUGAUAAGCACAAGGCUGGAGAUCAUUAUGUCAGGCUGAUUGGGUUAGAAUGGCAGACUUGACAUGUUAAAAGGAGGGUGAUGCUUGAAAUCAUUGUUCGUCCAUUUUUAACCAUGGUGACCUGCAAAGAAACGCGUGCAGCCAUCCUUGCGUUGCAUAAAAAUGGCUUCACAGGCAAGGAUAUUGUGGCUACUAAGAUUGCACCUAAAUCAACAAUUUAUAGGAUCAUCAAGAACUUCAAGAAAAAAGGUUUAAUUCUUGUUAAGAAGGCUUCAGGGCGUCCAAGAAAGUCCAGCAAGCGCCAGGAUCGUCUCCCCAAAACAGUUUGUUGAAAAACACUGCAUUUUCCAGCACGGUGGCUCGAGGACCAAAAAGUUGAAAAUUUGGGUCCAUGGCAUGACCACAAGUUCUCUUAAUCCCUUUAAAAACUUGUGGUCAAUUCUCAAGAGGCGGGUGGACAAACAAAAACCCACUAAUUCUGACAAACUCCAAGAAGUAAUUAUGAAAGAAUGGGUUGCUAUCAGUCAGGAUUUGACCCAGAAGUUUGCAUAAAUGUCAUGUAAUUGUUGAUAAAAGCCUUUGAAAUGUAUGAAGUGCUUGUAAUUAUAUUUCAGUACAUCCCAGAAACAACUAAAAACAAAGAUCUAAAAGCAGUUUAGCAGCAAACUGUGUGAAAACUAAUAUUUGUGUCAUUCUUAAAACUUUUGGCCACGACUGUACAGUUAUUUGAAUUGAUAUUGGAAUCUGCAGUUGUUGCACCAAAAGACAUUCCUGACUUACGUAUAAAUCCACCGUCCUCAUUCUUAGAUAUCGUCGAGAUCCACACCCUUUCUUAUUGUGGUAUGUGUUGGUCAACACAGUGAGUGCAGUCAAACAAACCCUUUUUUUAUGUUGGCACAACACUACCAGCUGUAGUCACUCAUCAUCACUAACAGGAAACUGAUCGACUUUGGGAUUUUGAGACUUUCGGCUCCACUAUAUUAGUAAUCUAAGUGGGUGUUUGUACUGUACAGUAUGUAUAUAUAUUUUUGACCCUGUAUGUGUAAUUGUGUUACUGUUUUAAUAUCUGAAAACCCCAAAUAAUUUUUUUUUUUUAUGCUGGGGGCUUUUUCAUGGUAAGGAUGCAUGCUUUGCAAUCAUUCUUCCCCCGAAAAAACACCACUCCCAAUAGCUAUAACAUUCAGGUGCAAGAUGAGUGUAUGGAAACUUCUCAACACAAAUGUACAUAAUUACAGGGGCAUUUCUAAUGAUCAUAAGACAUUUGUAUAUAAAAAACACAUUUUUUUCUGACACACACAAAUUGUGACAGACCUAUGUUUUUCUUUUGCUUAGGAAAAAGUCUUUAUCAUAAUGAGUGGGUUUACUUCUUAAAGUUUGUUCAUUUCAAGAGUAAAGGAAAUAUUAUGUUUUAUACCAUUACCAUUUUGUCAUUUAAAAGACCAACUCAAGUCAGUAACAGCUUGUAUUCAUUUCUCCCAUUAAACAACACUCUUUACAGUAUCUAGUUAACUAUUUUCUUUCUUCU